AAAGCAUCAACGAAGUCGCGUAUUAUAAGACGCGCGCGAACAAGUUUGGAGAGAUUCUCUGUUCUCUUUUGUUUUGUGCUAACACUGCCGUGUUCUUUUCAACAACAAACAAACCAAAAAGAAGGCAAAGCUGUUUUUGGGAGCUGCAAAUUGAGGUUCUGCGUUACAGUUUUUGGAUCUAGCAAUCGUUUCAGAGGCGCAGAGAGAGAGGGAAAAAGUGUGUGCAGUACAGUUGAAACCAAUAGUCUGUCUGUCUGUCUGUCUGUCUUCUUAAUAACACAGCUCCUUUGCGAUCAUAAUUAUUGUAUAUAAUUAGGCGAAUUAAGAGAUAAAAAGGGGAGCUUGGCCUUUGAAUUUUUUUUCUUUUUCCUUUUUCUGUGUUUGUUGCUGCUGCUGCUGCUGCUGACUAAAGGGUUUAAUGAUGGCGAAUUGGGGAGGGUCAUUUUCAGCUCAAGGAGUUGGUGGUGGUAGAGGAGGAGAUGAUCUGUAUACAGAGCUGUGGAAAGUAAUAGCAGGCCCACUGGUUGAGGUCCCGCGAGCUGGAGAACGAGUCUUCUAUUUUCCACAAGGACAUAUGGAACAAUUGGAGGCGUCCACGAAUCAGGAGCUGAAUCAAAGGAUUCCUCUGUUCAAUCUUCCACCCAAGAUUCUUUGCCGCGUUCUUAACAUUCAGUUGCUGGCUGAACAAGAAACUGAUGAGGUUUAUGCACAAAUAGCUUUGCUUCCUGAACCAAAUCAAACUGAGCCAACAACGCCAGAUGCAUGCCCUCCUGAGCCUCCAAGACCUAAGGUUCACUCAUUCUGCAAGGUUUUAACUGCUUCCGAUACAAGCACCCAUGGGGGUUUUUCAGUUCUCCGAAAGCAUGCCACUGACUGCCUUCCUCCACUGGACAUGAACCACGCAACCCCAUCGCAGGAAUUGGUUGCCAAGGAUCUUCACAGCUAUGAAUGGCGCUUCAAGCAUAUUUUUAGAGGUCAACCACGGAGGCACUUGCUUACAACUGGAUGGAGUACUUUUGUCACUUCAAAGAGACUAGUUGCUGGUGAUUCUUUUGUAUUCUUGAGAGGGGAAAAUGGGGAGUUGCGUGUUGGAGUGAGACGUGUUGCUUGCCAACAGAGCUGUAUGCCAUCAUCAGUGAUUUCAAGUCACAGCAUGCACUUGGGGGUACUUGCAACAGCAUCUCAUGCUGUUUCAACGCAAACCCUCUUUGUUGUCUAUUAUAAACCAAGGACGAGCCAGUUCAUCAUCAGUGUGAAUAAAUAUCUGGAGGCUGUCAAAAAUAAGGUUGCAGUAGGCAUGAGGUUCAAGAUGAAGUUUGAGGGGGAGGAUUCUCCUGAAAGAAGGUUUUCAGGCACUGUUAUUGGGGUGGAUGACUUUUCUCCUCACUGGAAGGAUUCAAAAUGGCGAUCAUUAAAAGUUCAAUGGGAUGAACCUGCAUCUAUCCCAAGACCUGACAGGGUUUCACCAUGGGAUAUAGAACCCUCUGUGGCUCCCACAACCACAAAUCUGGCACCAACAGAUGCAGUGAAAAACAAAAAGCCUCGAUUAUCCACUGAAAUUCCUGCCCUAGAUUUAGUUUCAACUGCUUCUGCUCCUUGGAAUUCUGGAGUGACUCAUUCUCGUGAUCUAACACGACUGAGUGUUACUGCUGAGGGUGUAAGAAAUGACAAUCUUGCUUGGCAUCACAUGCAAACUGAGAUUAGCAGCAGUUGUGAUGCUGUUUCUAGGACUCAGAUCAGUGAUGGGGGCUGGCUAGGCUCUCCCCACUUGAAUGUUUCGCAGCAUCUAUUUCAAGAUACAAUAGAGGAUAGCAAGGGUGUAUCUGCCUGGCCUGUUAAUUCAGGUUAUUCAGCUCCACACUCUUCAAAGCUGAAGAGUGAUCUGAUGCUUGAUCCUGCUGAAAAGGGCAGGAAAACUGAGAUGGCCACUAGUUGCAGAUUGUUCGGUAUUGAUCUCAUAAAUUCUGCUGCAAGGGCAACUCCUUCGGAGCAAGCACCUGCAGAAGCAGUUGCUGUAUCUGGUGGAACAACUGAAGGACAUGGCCUGACUAUCCAAUCAAUUUGUGAUUCAGACCUGAAAUCCGAUGUUUCAAAUGAUUCGAAGGGACAAUCACAGCUAGCAGUGAAAGAAACGAACAGACAAGGUUCUAAUUCCACCCGGAGCCGCACUAAGGUUCAGAUGCAAGGAGUAGCUGUUGGUCGGGCUGUGGAUUUAACCAUGAUUGAUGGGUACAGUAAGCUUAUUGAUGAACUGGAGAAGAUGUUUGAUAUUAAAGGUCAGCUUCGUCCUCGGGAUAAGUGGGAAGUAGUCUACACUGAUGAUGAAGGGGAUAUGAUGCUUGUUGGCGAUGACCCAUGGCCGGAAUUCUGCAACAUGGUAAGAAGAAUAUUGAUCUGUUCAAGCCAGGACGUAAGAAAGUUGAGCCUAGGAACCAAACUUCCCAUAUCAUCCAUGGAAGGCGAAGGGAUUGUUAUAAGCUCAGAUUCAGCUGAAAACUGAAAUUGGAUUUUUCCAUUUUGGUUCUUGUUCUCCUUUAUAGGUUGUUUGUUCAUGUUUUUUAAGUUAUUUUGUUUGGAAUGGAAAGGAACUAGAUAGGAAGGCGUUUUGUUUUGGUUUUGUGGUGUGUAGGAUAGUUGGUAAGGGGUAGCUUGGUUUUAGGAGCUACCUGCCAAAGGUGACCUGGCAAGGUAGGUGGACUUGGAAGACCUGAUUAAUUAGAGUCAGAUACUGUAGCACCAGAAGAUGCGAAUAUUGAGGGGAUCUUGGGUUCGUUGGGCUUUUAUUGUCCUUGUAAAGGUACAAUGGCGCUUUCGCAGUGUAGUCAAUGGUCUUUGGUGGGUGAGAUUGGAAAUGCAUAUUAUUGCUGGGCCUGGUUGGGUUGAGUCACGUCUCGUCUCCGUUUUGUUGUCUUAAAACUCGAAUAUUGGAGAGAUCCUGGAUGGGCAAAUUUAAUACUAUGAAUCUCUUAAAUCAUUGCAUUGACAAUUUCCCUUUUAACUGUAGC